ACGACGAUUAGGUUAGCUGCUGCUGCUGAAGUUCUUCUACUGACUGCUUCUCUACGAUGAGCUCUUCGGGAACAGCUUCAAAAGUAAAGUUAUCAUCUUUAUUCGCAAACCCACAAAGGCCCACAUCUUCAAAUUCCAAAACUUCAAGCAAGCUUUCAUCUUUGUUCAUCAAGAACCAAGGCACGCCCACUUCUUCAAAUCCCACAACUUCAUCAGAAAACCCAAUUUCCAAAGUUCCAAUCCAAACCCAACUUGAAAAAUUUCUCGAAACCAACUGUAAGUCAGGUGAUGUUACCAUCAAUGAAGCGCUGCACUAUUUUGAGCACAUGAUUCAAAUGCAACCCACUCCUCCAAUUUGGUCAUUCAAUUGUUUAUUUGGUGGACUUGCCAAGAGUAAGCAUUGCUCUCAUGUUUUUUUGCUUUACAAUAAGUUAAUAUCAGUUGGGUUGUUGCCUAAUUUCAUUACGCUUAAUAUUUUGCUUAAUUGCUUUUGUAAUGUGAACCGGGCUCGUGAUGGUUUUGUGGUUAUGGGAAGUCUUUUAAGGAGGGGCUAUAGACCAAGUACUGUGACUUAUACAGCAUUGCUUAAAGGGUUGUGUAAGGAGGAUAGGAUUGAUGAGGCAACCAGGUUGUUUAUGACAAUGAUCAAGUUGGGGUGUCAGCCUACUGUGGUUACUUUUGGUACUUUGAUUAACGGGUUGUGUCGAACAGGUAAUACGAAUGUUGCGGUUCGGUUACAUGAAGAAAUGGCUAAUGGGAAUGGUGUCUAUGGUGUUGAGUGUAAGCCAAGUGUAGUGUCUUAUGGGACCAUUAUUGAUGGGCUCUGUAAAGCUGGGUUGGUAGAUAAGGCGAAAGAACUUUUCAUAGAAAUGAAAGAUAGAGGAUUUGUCCCUGAUGUGAUUGUAUAUAGUGCUCUAAUACAUGAAUUGUACUACAAUGAAAAAUGGGAAGCGGCUAAAGCUUUGUUAAAUGAGAUGGUGGAUCAGGGUGUCAGGCCUAAUGUGGUGACAUUCAAUGUGUUAAUAGGAGUGCUUUGCAGAAGGGGACAUCUGAAAGAAAGCAGUGACUUGUUAAAGUUGAUGAUUCAAAGGGGCAUAGAUCCUGAUGUAUUUACUUACAACACUUUGAUAGAUGGCUUCUGUUUAGCGGGUAGGCUUAAUGAAGCAAGAGAGCUGUUUCAUUCUAUCCCAAGUAGAGGGUGUGAACCUGAUGCUAUUAGCUACAAUGUGUUGAUCAAUGGAUACUGCAAGAAUAGGAAUAUACAGGAAGCUGUCAAUCUUUACAAGGAAAUGAUUGGCAAAGGAACUAGGCCAACAGUAAUAACAUAUAACUCCUUAUUAACUGGUCUUUUUCAUAUGGGUAAAGUUCAGGAUGCACAAGAACUUUUUGGUGAAAUGCAAACUCAGAACCUGUUACCAAAUUCAACAACAUAUAAAAUAUUGUUGGACGGGCUUUGCAAAACUGAUCGCGUACCAGAGGCAAUGGAAGUUUUCCGUACUUUAGAAAAUUGCAACUUCAAAAUUAGUGUCGAAAUGUUAAAUUGCCUUAUUGAUGGCUUCUGUAAAGCAGGGAACCUUGAAGUUGCUUGGGAUCUUUUUCUUACAUUGUCAAAUAGAGGCCUGGCACCAAAUGUUAUAACAUAUUCCGUGAUGAUUCAUGGGCUCUGUAUAGAAGGACAACUGGAAAAGGCAAAUGGUUUGUUUAUAGAAAUGGAAGCGAAUGGUUGUGCUCCAAAUGUCAUUAUUUAUAAUAUCCUCAUGCGUGGUUUCUGCCAAAGUGAUGACUCGGCGAAAGUGGUGGAACUUCUUCACAAGAUGGUCACAAGAAAUUUGUCACCAGAUUCCUGCACAAUCUCCGUUGUCAUAGACUUGCUCUCCAAGGAUGAAAAGUAUCGUAAAUGUCUGGACUUGCUUCCAACAUUUCCUGCCACUAGCCAAUCGAAGAUGACAUGAUAAGUUUAAAAGUCACAAGCAUGAUUAUUCAGUCAUAACUUCUAAUCCGAAAGUCUUCUGAUUUUGUUCACACAUUCAACCAGAAGUUACAAAAUGUGAAGGUGCAUUGCCAUGAUCUCAAAUGGACAAUCGUUAUUGUAUUCAAAGAAAAAACUUCAGUGGUGCGGUCUGUGCGAGGGCAGAUCGCAUAGAUGGUGUAAUGAUGGACUGAACAUGCAUCCACUGGUGCCUGCAGUGCGUGAGUGACUCCCGAAUCAAGGUUGCAAAUAAACAAGACCUAGCGCAUCAUAUAUAUAUAUAUAUAUUUUUUUUUUCUGGUCUCGUGUUCUGUGGCAUGGCGUUAAGUAGAAGAGAGGCUCACCUAAAAAAGCUGAUGAGUGCAGUCUCAGCGAACUAGCAUUUCAUUCUGGAAAAGAAAAAUACCUAUCCCACAAGUUGAAAGAAGG